AUGUAUCCAGAUGGGGGUGUUUCUGUUUCUAAGUUAUCUAUAUCUGCACGGGACAUAAAUCUUUGUGAUCAAAGGGUGGAUGCUCCAUGGAAAAUGAAAUUUGAUGUCAAGCCUAUUGUUCUGCACAUCAACUAUAUCCCUCGUCAGUUUGAUCCUAUUGCACUAGGCAAAGGAAAUUAUGCAGAACUUCUCAACAUCCUUCCGUUGAAGGGAAUCGAUUUGAAGCUUAAACAUGUUUCUGCAAUGGGGGUGUAUGGGUGGAAUAGUAUUUGUGAAACAAUUGGUGCAGAGUGGUUGGAGGACAUAUCUAAAAAUCAGGUCCAUAAAUUGUUAAAAGGGCUUCCUCCUUUAAAAUCAGUCAGUGCCGUUGUUUCAGGCACUAAGAAAUUGAUAUCUUUACCCAUCGAAAGUUACAAGAAAGACCGGAAGUUGGUCAAGGGAAUGCAAAGAGGUGCUGUUGCCUUUAUCAGAAGUGUUUCCAUUGAAGCUGUAGGGCUUGGUGUCCAUUUGGCAGCGGGAGCUCAUGAUAUGCUGCUGAAGGCAGAACAUGCCCUUACAGCUCUUCCACCACCUUUAGCCACGUGUGAAGCUAAAAGAAACAAAGAUAACGUAAGGGCAAACCAACCCGAAAAUGCGACACAAGGAAUAAAGCAGGCUUAUGAAAGCUUUACUGAUGGACUUGGAAGGACUGCCUCUGCUUUGAUUGGGAACCCUAUUAACGCGUAUAAUCGCGGGGCUGGUGCCAGAUCAGCACUGACUACUGCAAUUUGUGGAGCUCCAGCUGCUGUAGUAGCUCCAGUAUCAGCAACUGCCCGUGCUGUACAUUAUGCACUUCUUGGUAUAAGGAACAGCCUUGAUCCUAGACGCAAGAAAGAAUCUAUGUACAAGUACCUGGGGCCUUCUCAACUGUAG